AUAGGUUCACCACCCACUCUUCCUGUACAUUUCACCAAACAAAUCUCCACUUUUGAAACAUUUUAGAGAGAGAAAGUUAUCAAUGGUGUCGGUGGUGAGCAUUGUGGGUACUGGGUUCGCAUACGGCAGAUCAUCGCCGGAGGGAUUGAAGAUAAGCAUCGGAGGAAGAUUUGGGACCCACUUGAAUCACUCUGCUUCUUCUGUUGCUGUUGCUGUUGCUGUGAGACCGAGGCUAUUGGUGGUGGUGAGAGCAGAGGCUAUAAAUCCAGAGAUAAGGAAGACUGAAGACAAGGUCGUUGACUCUGUCGUCGUCACCGAGCUCGCUAAGCCCCUCACAGCUUAUUGCAGGUGUUGGAGGUCUAAGACUUUUCCUCUAUGCGAUGGAAGCCAUGUGAAGCACAAUAAAGCUACUGGGGAUAAUGUUGGACCUUUGCUCUUGAAGAAGCAGUAACACCAAAGGGUAUUAAGUGUAGUGUUGGACCUUCGCUCUUGAAAGGGUUGUCUUGCGAAUAAUGUCCGUUUAGCAAUGUUCUUAUUACUUCCAAUAAUUUAUUUGAGAUCUCUAGCUUCCGAUUCCUAAUUAAAGUUGUUUUUUUGCCUUUCACUUAGACAUGAAGGUCAAAAGCAAAUUUUGCUGGGUUAUUGGAAUAAAUCUUGUCCAAACCCAAUUAAUUUUAUUCGUGUUCUGUUA